AUGACCAGCCCCGCGCGAUCGUCCAACAGUCGAGUGAAGCGCGCGAAAACGGCUCAAAGUUCCGCCGACGUGGUCGCUUCCGCCCCGGAAGUCGGCGCUUUGUACACGGAAGACUAUCGCGUGAAAGGUUUGCACGUCCGCGAUCACUUCAUCGCGGUGCCCGUGUGUCACGCUCGAGGCGAUUCGAACGCGAUGCGCGUGUUUUUUCGAGAAGUGGUGACGGCGGCUCGAGGGAAACUCACGAGCGAGGAGCGGAAGUCGCUGCCGGCGGUACUGUUUUUGCAAGGCGGACCCGGAUUCGAGUGCGCGGGACCGCUCGAGGCGAGCGGCUGGUUGGGGGAAAUGGUCAAGGAACAUCGAGUGUUUUUGAUGGAUCAACGAGGCACGGGACGUAGCGACAGCGAGAUUGUCCAUCCAACGCUCAACCGGGAUGCGUCUGGACAUCCCUUGUCGUACCCCAGACAUUGGACCGACAAAAACACGUCGCCGGCGAAGGCGUGGGCCGUUCACUUGAAGAAUUUCCGAGCAGACAGCAUCGUGAAAGACGCCGAGUUGUUCCGUAAGACGGUGCUCGGUGAAGAUGUGAAAUGGACGCUGCUUGGGCAAUCCUUCGGCGGCUUUUGCAUCACGACGUAUUUGUCUUUCGCUCCCGAAGGCGUGAAAGAAGCGCUGCUUACUGGCGGUUUGCCUCCGCUCAUCGACGAACCAGCGAGUGCGUUAAACGCGUAUCGAAAAUUGUUCGAGCGCGUUCAGACGCAAAACAGAAAAUAUUUCGAAAGAUUUCCGUACGAUGUCGACCGCCUCUAUGCGCUGUAUGUCCAACUUCAGAACGAAGGUCCACGGAUCUUGCCCGGCGGUGGGUUGCUCACCGUUCCGCUGGUACGAGCGCUCGGUUUUUCUAAUUUAGGCACAGCGCAGGGGAUGGAGAGGUUGCAUUACAUCAUGCAGUACGUAGAGAUUCAUUAUGCCGACGAAGAAAUUGUUGGAGCUCACUUGCCGCACAAGUUUUUGAUUGAAGUGGAAAACUCGUUUAGGCACUUCGAGACGAACCCGUUGUACGCGGUCCUGCACGAGGCGAUUUAUUGCAACGGUGCGUGCGCCAUCGGUGCGGCCGACCAAGUGUGGCUCGAGCGAGUUGGCGAAGAUCUUUACAGCGCGUUUGGUGAGCCUGAGUCUGAUGACUCAUUGCGCCGUGCGUUUACGGGGGAGUGUGUUUACUCUUCAUUCUUCGAAGACAUCCCAUCGCUUCGCCCGUUCAAAGCGAUCGUUCAAGAGCUCAAAAAGGACAAAGAUUGGCCAAAGGUGUUGUACGAUACGGAGCAGCUGGCCAAGAAUACCGUCCCAGUGGCGUGCGCGAGUUACGUCGAGGACAUGUUCGUCGAUUUCGAUCUCGCCUCUGAAACGGCUGCGAAAAUUCGGGGCGCCCGCGUCUGGAGCACCAGCGAAUACAUGCACUCCGGCAUUCGCGAAGACGGCGCCCGCAUCGUCCAAAAGCUGUUGUCCUUCGUUCGCGACGAGGAUCCAAUUCGUUAG